CAAAUGGCUUGUGAAGAAAAAGGCCGGAUGACUCCUGUCUCUUCUCCUUUCUUCAGCUGAGGCCUAUAAUCUCCAUGCGAGAAAGGUAACACCAAAAAACCCUAGUUCUUCAUUUUCUUCGUCUCCAUCAAACUCAUCAUUAAAACAAAAAAUAAAAAUGAAAACUGAGCUCAGAGGAAACAACACUCCCAUUUCAUUACAAAACCCUAAUCUUUUCGACAGUCCGCAAAGCUCAAUACUAUCUGGUGCGCUAAAGGGAUGCCUAGGCAGCCUUGAUGGUGCAUGCAUAGAGAAGCUUCUACUUCAUUGUGCAAGUGCUCUUGAGAGCAAUGAUGUAACUUUGGCUCAACAAGUGAUGUGGGUUCUAAAUAACGUGGCAUCUCCAGUUGGCGAUCCAAACCAAAGGCUAACCUCGUGGUUCCUAAAAGCGCUUAUUUCAAGGGUUUCAAGAGUAUGUCCAACACCAAUGAAUCUGAAUGGGAAUUCUUCUCCUCAAAGAAGAUUGAUGACUGUUACUGAGCUUGCCGGGUACGUUGAUCUAAUCCCUUGGCACAGAUUUGGAUUUUGUGCAUCAAAUAGUGCCAUUUUUAAGGCCAUUCAAGGGUACAACAAAGUUCAUAUAUUAGAUCUCAGUAUCACUCAUUGCAUGCAAUGGCCUACUCUUAUAGAUACAUUAGCUAAAAGGCCUGAAGGGCCGCCAUCGGUUCGAAUAUCGGUGCCUUCUUGGAGGCCACCUGUGCCUCCUUUGCUUAAUGUAUCAAGUGAAGAAGUUGGCCAAAGGUUAGGAAAUUUCGCAAAAUUCAAAGAUGUUCCAUUCGAGUUUAAUGUGAUUGGAGAGCAGCCAACAGUACCCUCGUCUCCUUGCAUUAGUACUCUGGAAUGCUCAAGUUUGCAGUAUGAUUUUCUCUUAAAUCAAGUCCUCAAUCCUUCAACAUUGAAACUUGAGGAUGACGAGGCUUUGGUGAUCAAUUGCCAAAAUUGGCUACGCUACUUGCCUGAUGAACAAAAUAAUGGAGCGUCUCAAGAGAUUUCGUGUCGUGAUAUUUUUCUCAAUAGAAUUAAAGAUCUAAAUCCAUGUAUUAUCACUGUGGUGGACGAGGAUUCAGAGUUAGAUGUUUCAAAUCUUACAUCAAGAAUCACCACUUGCUUCAAUUAUCUUUGGAUUCCUUUUGAUGCCUUGGAGACGUUCUUGUCUAAGGAUAAUUCCCAAAGGAUAGAAUACGAGGCCGAUAUUGGUCACAAGAUUGAAAACAUCAUUGCAUUCGAAGGAACUCAAAGGAUAGAAAGAUUAGAAUCCGGGACCAAAUUUUCUCAAAGGAUGAGAAACAAUGGUUUUUUCAGUGUUCCAUUUUGUGAAGAAACCAUUAGUGAAGUUAAAUUCUUGUUAGAUGAACAUGCCAGCGGUUGGGGAAUGAAGAAAGAAGAUGACAUGUUAGUGCUAACAUGGAAGGGUCACAACUCUGUAUACGCUACAGCUUGGGUCCCUUGUGGAUUUGACGAUUAAUGAUUGAAUACAAUAUGAUUCAAGUGGUCUGAAAUUGUAAUAAUACAUAGGCAGAUUUUUCAAUUUCCAUGUUUUCUUGGGGGCCUACCACGACAUGGAUUUUGCGUAUCAGUGGUCCUUCUGGGGGAAAAAGUGGCAAUGACAAAAAUAUGUUCCUUUUCCUGGUGGCAGAUAGAUCAAAGAGACAAGACAGGGCAGAGGGACAUGAAUUUUAGAAUAAUAUCUUCAGCAAAACAUUUCUGUUCGAGCUCUUCACCUACGGUCACAUGAAAGAGUUGUUUGGUGAAAAGCAGAAGGAAAAACAUUGUACAUAUUGUCUUUUCAUGAAAGACAAAAGCUAUCACUUUUGUUUUCUCUCA